AUGCCAUCUCCUUGAAGUAAUUAAACAGCGUAUCAUGGAGGUCCAGGUGCAACGAAGUUUUACUCUGUUUCCCACCGGCGCCGGCGAGGCAACCCCCGGCGAGCCGUACGAGCUCCCGCUCACCAUCUUCGACCGCUGCACCGUCGAUAUCCACAUCGCCGUUGUCUACGCCUUUUCACCACCCACCCCAUCCAAUCCUGCGCUCCUGAAUGCGCUCUCCCAGACGCUCUGCCUCUUCCCAACCCUCACCGGCGAGCUCUGCCACGACUCCAGCGGCCUCCCCUGCUUCCUUGUCGGCGGUCAGGGGGGUGGAGCUCUGGUGGUCGAAGCUACGGUGGCUUCGACGCUCUCUGACCAUCUCCCCCUUGAGCCCUCUCCGGAGCUGCUGAAGCUCCACCCGCCGACGGCGGAGCCCGCUCACCUGCUCCAAGUCCAGCUCAACCGGUUUCGCUGCGGCGGCCUGGCGGUCGGCCUGUCGUGCCACCACAAGGUGGCCGACGGAGCGUCGAUGGGCGCCUUCCUUGCGGCGUGGGGGCGCGCCGCGCGUGGGAUUCCCGCCAGCGCGCCGCCGGCUACGCUCUUCGAUCGGUCGUGGAUCCGGCCACGGAGCCCGCCGCGGUGUGAGUUUGAGCACUGGGGAACCGACUUCAUCCGCCUCAACGAUGGCGACGACGACGACGACGGCCGGCGACAACAUUACUCAUCCAACAACUCCGUCGACCCGAGCAGGAUCACUAAUUUUCUCCUCCACUACUCGGCCGACUUCAUAUCGAAAAAGCUAAAGCCGGCGACUAAUUUCAAAUACACCACCUUCGAGACAUUGCUGGCUCAUCUUUGGCGGAAGAUUACGGCGGCCCGCGGCCUCGCCGGCGACUUGGAAACAACGGUCCGCGUCACCGUCAACGUGCGGCAGAGGAUGAAUCCCCCGGCGCCCGCCAACUACUUCGGCAAUCUGGUGCUUAAUGCAUACGCGAAAGCCAAGGCGGCGACUCUGGCGGUCGCAGAGGGCGGACUGGAGGCGGCGGCCAGGAUGGUGCACGAGGCGAUCGCGAAGGCGGACGGCGAGUACGCGCAGUCGAUGGUGGACUUCGGGGCGCUGCACGAGCCGGAGGGGGAUUCGUUGGUACCGGUGUACGGCGAGGAAGGGAACGUGCUGUCGCCGGUGGUGGACGCGGAGAGCUGGCUGAGGCUGAGGUUCGAGGAGAUGGAGGUGGGCGGCGGAGGGAAGUUGUGCGGGUUUCUGCCGACAUGGGUGCCGCUGGAGGGGCUGCUCAUAUUCCUGCCGGCGGCGGGGGAGGUGACCGGAGGAGUGGACGUGAUGGUGUCGAUGCUCGAGGAGCAAGCGGAGGCGAUGAAACGAAUGUCUCAUUCGCUGGACUAAUUAUCAAUUAAAUAUUUAAAAUAAAAUAAAAUAAUAGCCCUUGAGAAAUUAUUUUCCUA